UCGGUCACGGAUGUGGAGUGAUAAGGACCGGUGGAAUAUGUAGGAGUGUUAGGGAAUAACCCGACUGGAUAGGCUCUCUAGACAAAAUACAUAUAUUGAAAUAUAGGCUAGGUUUUACACUUAUUCAUAUGCUGGGGUCGUUGUAAUAGCAGUUUUUUUCGUUAUUGUUUUGUUGUUGUUUAAAAAAAAUAAUGUCUCAAAGAGUGAGAAGAAACGGGUCUCCGACAUUUAUGCCAAGCAGCGAAACCGGUGGUGGAGUCGGCGCUACAACUGGCGUCUCGGGGGCUUCGGGAGGCAGUGUGUUCAGUCGCCUCCUGCCCAUGAAAGCGACGGUUCCGUUCCAACUGAAACCGCAGAUACAGCCCCCCCUGUUGACCAGGUCGGUGCAGGGUACCGCUAGUGGAUGCAGUAGCCCCUCGCCCACCAACACCGGGAACGGUAAAUUCCACACUAGUGGAUGCAGCUCCAGCGAAGCACCUGAAACGCGCACGUCGACGUCAUUGAGUCGCAGCCCCACUCGUGCUGUUGUCAACUCAUCAUCAACAGCUGUUGUUCUGGUCUCCUCGCCAGCCACCACCCCUCUGUCUUCUCUGUCUCCUUCCAGCGGCUAUGCCUCGGGCGCGGUGGGACAGACCGGGACAGGGACACCCUCCUCCCCAUCCGCCAGAAUCAGCCUCCUCGUGUCUGGUCACUCCGUUGCUGCAUCGGGGUCCAACUCUGCCACAUCCCGAGCCGCUCAAACACAAUCACCCCUCGCUCCUGUAGCAGCGUCACCUCCACAACAUGUAACUUCCCCAGUGAUCUCACCUGCACCGUACGUCAAUAUUCACACCUACGGAUCUAGUAGUUUCAGUCUGGGUGUCCCCCCUGUUAACACCGCAGACGGCUCCCCGACCCAGCAGCGACACUGGCCGUCAGACUACCCGAUCCUGGCGACCGCUGUACAGCUUCAGCCUUUCUCGCCUUUUCCUCCGUCUUCGUCCUCUUUGUCAUCUUUUGGCGUUCAGCAGGGCAGAGCGAUGCCACAGCGCUGGUCCCCCGGCCUGGAACAGAACCGACUGUCUCCUGAGAGAGUCAGCCCCAGCUCGCCAAAUGGAGAGAGACCCAAACCUCCUCCCCUAGCCGGCCUACCCUCCUGCUGCUCCUGCUCCAGUAUCCGCCGCACCUCCUCCCUGGAUCUUCUCCUGACGGGACCCUAUCUGACCGGUCACUGGCCUCGGGAAAGCAGCAGCCAUGCCCCAUGUCAACCCUGCAUGAGGGACAAAGCCUCUCAGACCCCCAGUGCCUGGGCAGAGGAGUUUGUGGAGAAGAGGAGGGCUUCUCACCAACGUUCAGCCUCCUGGGGAAGCCCUGACCAACUUAAAGAGAUUUCCAAGCUGAGGCAGCAGCUCCAGCGCAGUAAGCACAGCAGCCGUCACCAUAGAGACAAGGAACGCAAAUCACCAUUCAAUGGGAACCAUGCUGCUCUCUACCAGGCUCCAAUCCCAAAGACUGUCCUGAUUCCCAUCAAGUCCUCUGUGUCUCGGUUCCGGAACAGUGUGGAAGGGCUGAACCAAGAAAUAGAGAGGAUCAUCAUCUGUGACGCAGGAGAGAGAGACGACCCCCACCAUGUCCCCGACGGACGCCGUGCCCCCCCACCGCUGUCCCAACGCCCCUCCUCUCCUUCAAUCAUAUCACAGUGCUACAGUAGCUCUGCUUUCCGCAGCAUCAACACCCAGACACCCCAGGGUGGGAGAGGGGCCUGUGGAGGUGGAGCGGUCAGUGACAGCAGCCGCUCCGAGUCCGUCUCCCCCUCCUUCCUGACUGUCCCCACCGACAUGGAGAUGACGGGGGAGAGAGGGGGAGACGGAGUGGGAGAGAGCCCCUUGCCUAAUAGUGAUGAGCUGCUAACGGACUGCAGUGAAAAAGACCUCGGGCCCAGCUCUCCGCUCCCUAAAUACGCCUCCUCUCCUAAACCCAACAACAGCUACAUGUUCAAACGAGAGCCUCCUGAGGGCUGCGAGAGAGUCAAGGUCUUCACUGAGGAAACACAGUCCAAGCCUCCCCAGCAGGUCCCUUGUCCUCUCCUGAGGUCCAAGAUUCCCCAGCAGGUCCCUCAGUUCCUCACAGGUCCAGACAGGAACAAGGUCAACUUCAUCCCCAACAGUGGCUCUGCCUUCUGCCUCGUCAGCAUCCUCAAGCCCCUCCUACCCACGACCACCCAGGAGUUCAGCCUGAAGAGCCCCGGGGCCGGGCCAAACCUUACCUUGUCCCCCCUCAGCACACCUCUUACUGGGGCUUCCCUCAGCCUUUCUCCCCUGACCCUGGACCAACAGACCAGCUAGAGUCCCUAUCAACAGACCAGCUAGAGUCCCUAUCAACAGACCAGCUAGAGUCCCUAUCAACAGACCAGCUAGAGUCCCUAUCAACAGACCAGCUAGAGUCCCUAUCAACAGACCAGCUAGAGUCCCUAUCAACAGACCAACUAGAGUCCCUAUCAACAGACCAGCUAGAGUCCCUAUCAACAGACCAGCUAGAGUCCACCAUAACUACAGGCCCCAAACCAGCCCCACAAUAACCAGCAGACCACCAUUACUACAGGCCCCAAACCAGCCCCACAAUAACCAGCAGACCACCAUUACUACAGGCCCCAAACCAGCCCCACAAUAACCAGCAGACCACCAUAACUACAGGCCCCAAACCAGCCCCACAAUAACCAGCAGACCACCAUAACUCCAGGCCCCAAACCAGCCCCACAAUAACCAGCAGACCACCAUUACUACAGGCCCCAAACCAGCCCCACAAUAACCAGCAGACCACCAUAACUACAGGCCCCAAACCAGCCCCACAAUAACCAGCAGACCACCAUAACUACAGGCCCCAAACCAGCCCCACAAUAACCAGCAGACCACCAUAACUACAGGCCCCAAACCAGCCCCACAAUAACCAGCAGACCACCAUAACUACAGGCACCAAACCAGCCCCACAAUAACCAGCAGACCACCAUAACUACAGGCCCCAAACCAGCCCCACAAUAACCAGCAGACCACCAUAACUCCAGGCCCCAAACCAGCCCCACAAUAACCAGCAGACCACCAUUACUACAGGCCCCAAACCAGCCCCACAAUAACCAGCAGACCACCAUAACUACAGGCCCCAAACCAGCCCCACAAUAACCAGCAGACCACCAUAACUACAGGCCCCAAACCAGCCCCACAAUAACCAGCAGACCACCAUAACUACAGGCCCCAAACCAGCCCCAAAAUAACCAGCAGACCACCAUAACUACAGGCCCCAAACCAGCCCCACAACCACCAGAAUCCCGGUGCACAAACUCCCAGCGGAUCCUUUUCUAAUUAAAUGGCAGAAUAACAUGUCUUUUGAAAUGUUUCUCCUGGACGACAAAAAUGACUUUUGCUCUGCAGCUUUGUAGUUGACAUAGAGUUAGAUAUGUUUACUACUACCACCCUAUAACCUCUGACCCUGUAACCUCUGAGUGUUGACAGGACAGCGGACGCAUGGCCCUGCCACUCCUCUCCCUCUUCUCACUCCUCGUAGGGAGCAGACAAAAUGGACACCCCACAGCCAGUGGUUGUGAACUGGUCUCAACAACCGAGACUCUCAUUGAUCUCAGAGAUGAAUCUAAACCUAAAGAUUGUUCUGUACCCCAUUCAUGUUUACCUGUGACAGUGGUAGUAUCCAUCUGCAUCUUUCCUGGAAAGAAAAUAAGUAGUCUGUAUUUUGUCAUAUUUUUUUGCAGUGGAGCUUUGUAUCAGAAAUGUAUUUUUAUGUAAUGCAUGUAAUAAACAAACAAUGGUA